GUUUUACACUUUUAAUUGCUGCCUGGAUCAUAUAAUCAAUCAAUCAAUCAAUAAUAUUAUCAUUAAUUCAUUAUUAAUUUGGUAAUUAAUCAAUUCAUUAAUUGAAAUGGGAAGGGCGUUUCUGUAUGUGAUAGUCGGCGGAGGAGUGGGAGCUGGGUAUGCAGCCCAUGAAUUUGUGAAGAGAGGCGUCUCUCCCGGCGAACUUUGCAUCAUCUCCCAAGAAACAGUUGCACCAUAUGAAAGGCCUGCAUUGAGCAAAGGAUAUCUACUUCCAGAAGCUCCUGCACGUAUCCCUGCAUUUCACUGUUGUGUAGGUACUAAUGAGGAGAGGUUAACACCAAAAUGGUACAAAGAACAUGGUAUUGAAUUGGUUCUAGGAACUCGGGUUAAGUCAGCUGAUGUGAAGCGGAAGACAUUAUUAACUGCAACUGGAGAGACUAUAACAUACAAGUUUCUCAUUAUUGCAACUGGUGCUCGGGCGUUGAAGCUUGAAGAGUUUGGAGUGCAUGGAUCAGAUGCUGAUAAUGUUUGUUAUUUACGAGAUUUGGAUGAUGCAAACAGGCUUGUAAACGUUAUCCAAUCAUGCUCUGGUAAAAAUGCUGUGGUCAUUGGUGGUGGAUACAUUGGGAUGGAAUGUGCUGCUUCUUUGGCAAUAAACAAAAUAAAUGUCACUAUGGUCUUCCCAGAAGCACACUGUAUGGGCCGGCUUUUUACUCCGAAGAUUGCAAGUUACUAUGAAGAGUUUUACGAGUCUAAAGGAGUGAAGUUUACUAAAGGAACUGUCUUAACAUCGUUUGAUUUUGAUGAUGAUGGGAAGGUUACUGCGGUUAAUCUCCGAGAUGGCACUAAGCUUCCUGCGGAUAUGGUUGUGGUUGGAAUAGGAAUCCGUCCAAAUACUAGCCUGUUUGAAGGCCAACUGACAUUGGAGAAAGGGGGGAUAAAAGUAAAUGGGAGAAUGCAAUCAAGCAAUAGCUCAGUGUAUGCAGUUGGGGAUGUUGCUGCUUUUCCCGUCAAAAUCUUUGGUGAAACACGCAGGCUUGAGCAUGUCGACUCUGCACGGAAAUCAGCGAGGCAUGCUGUGAGUGCAAUCUUGGAUCCAGAGAACACAACAGAUUUUGAUUACCUGCCAUUUUUCUACUCCAGAGUGUUCACGCUCUCAUGGCAAUUCUACGGAGACAAUACGGGCGAAGUAGUUCAUUUUGGUGAUUUUUCAGGGCAUAGUUUCGGGGCAUACUGGGUGAACAACGGCCACCUUGUCGGAUCUUUUCUCGAGGGUGGAACCAAAGAAGAGUACGAAGCUAUAUCCAAGGCCACACGGCUGAAACCCCGAAUUGAAGACUUAGCUGAACUUGAAACGGAAGGCGUGGGAUUCGCUCUAACAUUGAGUCACACGCCACCACCUUCACAGCCUCUUGAUGCGAGUGGCUCUGGUUUUAUUGUGGACAAACCGUUAUAUGUUUGGCAUGCUACGGCUGGUGUUGUAUUGGCUGCAUCUAUCGCUGCCUUCGCCUAUUGGUAUGGUACGAGGCGUCGAAGGUGGUGAGACGAUUAGCCUCUAGCACGCUAAUACAAUAUAGAAAUUUACUUGGGUCAUACACUCAAUGUACUUCUGCUUCAGCUUUCAUGAGAUUUCCAUAAUAUAUACUGAAUAGCCAGCCAUUCAAAUAUUCAAUGAUGAAUUAAAAGUGCGUUUGUGGGGUGUAUGGUUUGGCUUCA